AUGAUUACUGAACCAGUAUCGGUAUGGCAAUGUGGGGGAAGUCUUGAAGUAGUUCCGUGUUCCAGAGUAGGUCACGUGUUCAGAUCCAAACCGCCUUACGACUUCACUGGUGAUCCAGAAGCAGUACUCCUACGCAACAACAAAAGAGUUCUGGAAGUAUGGGGCGGGAGAGUCAAACACUUAUUUUACGGAUUGACGCCGGAGUACAAGGCAGUUGAUCCAGGGGACAUCUCAACCAGGAUUCGGCUGCGGGAUGAACUGAAGUGCAAAAGCUUCGAGUGGUAUUUGGAGAAUGUGUAUCCAGAAAAUAUUCUGCCAAUUGAGUUUCAGGCUCUUGGAAGGAUAAUGAACGAGGGGGUCAAUCUCUGCGUUGACGUGCUCCAUGCUUCGGAUAGGAGACGUAUGGGGGCGCACCUAGCUGUAAAUGCAUGCCGGGAAGGUGCUCUCGCUCAGCAGACUUUUUCGUGGAAUGUGGGAAGUCAACUUCAGCAUGACCAUUUCUGUAUCACGGCCAUAGAGGGCGACAGUCUAGUAAUGUUGCUGGAGUGUCAAGAUGUGCAAUACAACAAACAACUCACCAAUCAACAGUGGCAGUAUGACGAACGGAUUGGAACAUUCCAGCACCAACUCACAGGUCUAUGCAUGGGACUGAGGAAGAAACUGGACCAAGAUAUUUUAAAAUCAUUUGUAAUACUCGAAGAAUGCAGCUCAUUAUCCACCCAGCAGUGGGUCAUUCUAGAUACAUUCACUGAAAUCACAUGGAGAUAGCAUACAAUGUGACUUGGCAUAAAUUUAUUUCAAGAUAAAUGUUUGUACUGUUAUUGAAAUAAGGUUUAGACUGACAAAAGGUUGAUUAUUUAUGUAAUUACCCAUAUGACAUCAUAUUCUGUCAUUCUAGAUCUGAGCGUACUUCCAGAUCAAAAUCAGAGAUGAAUUUAUUUUGUGUUCAGAUUAAAACUGCAGAAUUGAUGAUGCUUUAUGUUCAGUGUGUAUUUCAAGGAUUUUUUCCCCAGUGAUUUGCAGGACCAAAUAUAAACUUAGGACCAACGUUAGUUUUCACCCAUUCCACUUGGAAAAUUAAGGCAAGAUUAUUGAGUUAUAUGUAAAUAUUAUUAUCAUGUCCCUUGUUUUCUCAUUUUCACUUAAUUCUUGUAUUGUGUCGUUAUUUUCUUCAUACACGCACGCAAAAAUAAAAACACAUCAGAGCUCCGUAACACAGAGAUUAUAUAGCGAUUAAUCGCUAAAAUGGAAUGACCAAUCAAGGUCAAUGCUACAUGCGCAUUUGGUUUAAAAUACUGACCAGGAACCAAUCAGAUUUUAUAUUUGAUAUUGAUCGUUAAGCUUUGUGUAAACGGGCCCUGGACUCGACUAACUUUAGUUUUAGUCAAUGUUUAUUCAUUUCCGACCUAAAUGGAAAUAUUCUCUUAGUUUAUGAUACAAUAGUGCAAUAAAAACAUGAAUACGUAAAAAGUGUUUUGCCACCUGAGUUACAUAGCCACUGAUUUGUCGAGAUGAUUAAUGAUGUUAUAGAGACAGGGGAAAUCAUUUUCUUUUCAUUAUCAAAAGGGAUCAAAAUUGUGCUUUUUGUUGACAUUAAAACGGUUCCAUUUGAGA